UCGGGCGGAAGCAGGCUGCCGAGGCUGUGUUCCCUGUUUGUUUCAGGACUGUGGACAGCUGUCUGGCUCCUGUUCGUCUCCUGCCAAUGCCCUUUCAGAGCCCAGCUGUGAUGUCAUCAGUAAGGCGCAGAAGCUUCAAGAUGAAGCUGAGCGGAGUUGGGCUCUUAGUCAGGCCUGUGCAUACUACCAGCAUCGCUGCCCAGCUGGUGAACUGGACAAAGAGAGCUGCAUCAGGAUCAUGGGGGAGAGCUGCAGCGCUCGGGUGCUCCAGUGCAGCCUGCUGAACACCAUGCAGAACCUGGAACCUGCCACACAGACGCAUGCACAGGCAGUGUGUGGUCAGAGGUCGUCCGCGGUGCAGAACAUCACACAGCCUCGCUCCCGGAUCGUGGGGGGCUCACCGGCUCCUCCAGGCAGCUGGCCCUGGCUGGUCAACCUCCAGCUAGAUGGUGGCCUGAUGUGUGGGGGGGUGCUGGUGGACAGCUCCUGGGUGGUCACUGCAGCUCACUGUUUUGCUGGCAGCCGGAGUGAGAGCUACUGGACUGCAGUGGUGGGGGAGUUUGACAUCACAAAGACGGACCCUGAUGAGCAGGUUCUCAAAGUGAACCGCAUCAUCCCUCAUCCUAAGUUCAAUCCAAAGACAUUUAACAACGAUAUAGCCCUAGUGGAGCUGGCUUCCCCAGUCGUCCUGUCUGGUCGUGUGACCCCGGUGUGUCUCCCCUCCGGCAUGGAGCCCCCUACUGGCAGUCCGUGUCUGGUGGCAGGCUGGGGCUCCCUCUUUGAGGAUGGUCCAUCUGCUGACGUGGUGAUGGAGGCCAAGGUGCCUCUGCUGCCUCAGAGCACCUGUAAGAGCGCCCUUGGCAAAGAACUGGUCACAAAUACCAUGCUGUGUGCUGGCUAUCUCUCCGGAGGAAUAGACUCAUGUCAGGGUGAUUCUGGAGGCCCCUUGAUCUACCAGGACCGAAUCUCAGGUCGGUUCCAGCUCUUCGGCAUUACCUCCUGGGGAGACGGCUGUGGGGAGAAGGGCAAGCCUGGAGUCUACACUCGGGUGUCUGCCUUCUCUGACUGGAUUCAGGCUGAGAUACACAAGUCCUUUGGAAGCAGGGAGCCGACCUGCCAGGAGCUUCUGAAGACAACAGAAAUGACGGAGGAGGAACAGCGGUCGGAGUUCAGCUCCAUCUGUCGUUUCUACACCCUGACCUGCCCCCCCGGUCAGUCAGCCAGCGCCUGCAGCCGGAUGGCAGAGGACAAGUGCCUCACCCGCUUUAAGAAAUGUCAGUUGCGUUCAUUCAUACAAACCCUGCUAGACUUGCUCCAGAGGGCAGAGGACUACAUCCGGGACAAAGUGGACUUGACCUUCUUCACCCAGACUCUUCCUCAGCUGGUGGAGCACAUCUACAGCACCGCCUUCAUUCACACCAGAGAACGAAGGGACCUGGCCCUGAGCCCCCGUCUCAUACAGAUUAAAGAACAGCUAGGUGGAGCUAUGGUGCCUACACAGCAGGGUCCCUCUCCAGUUCCUCCAUCCUUAUUCAGAGAGGUGGGACCCUCAGUGGACGACUGGGAGAAAUAUCUGAGAAAUAUUGCUGAGGAUCUGGACAAACAACAAAAUGACAAAUCAACAGACACCUCCACGCCAAAAAGACAAGAGCACAACCUUUUCUUACAGACAGAGGAUUCCUCGGUACAUCGGCUGGAGGCAGAAUUUCAAUCUUUUAUCUCAGCCCUGCGCUCAAAAUUGGAAUCCAGAGCUGCUCCUCCCAUCCUGUCCAUGGACACAGUGUACCUCCAGGAGGAGUCUCCCAACAGUCCCCAUUCAACGUCUUCUUCCACGGGAGCAUCCUCCUCAUCCUCAUCCUCACAGGAACCCCAGAAACCUUGGUCUCUUUUAACAGCCCUGAUGAGUGAGAUUCAGAAAGUAAGGACACAAGAUGAAGGAGUGACAGAAGAUGAGUCACUAAGUGUAACAUUGCCAGAUAGAGACUCUUCUUCUGAUGUAAACUGGAGCGUCACGUCGGAGGAUUUUACUUUUGUUGAGAAUGGAGACGGAACAGAAAUGAAAUCUUCAGCGUUACCGCUUCCUAUGCAGUCAACGUCUGUGGUCACUGAGGGGGCUCCUCGCUCAGAGACCACCGCUGACCCUAGACAAGCUGUGCAAGCAGUAAAGACUCGAAGUCUGCACAGAAUAUACCGGAGCCUCCUUCGGAAGAGGCAGACACCUGGGGCCAGUGGGAAAAUUUGCCCUGGAGUCAGAGAGACCUCACAGCAGGUCAGCCAGGUCAGAGACUCCUACAGCUGGGUCUUGAGCAUCCCGAGCAAAAACCUCCGCAUGAGCUUCCAAGAGGUGUUAGUUGAUCUGAGCUCCAAGAAUGAUCGAGGACUUUAUCAGGCGCGGGUCAGAGCAGUAGUGGGCGGACGACCUUUGACCUUCUACAGUCUUGUGGGCCUAGAGAACGAGUCCUUUUACCGCAGUGUGCCAAGGAUAAUCUCUGUAGCACUGGACGCACUCAAAGUGUGAGAUGACGAUGAAAGCACAAAGACUCUCACAGAGACCUAUUUGCACCAGAAAAGCCUCGUCAUGGGACAGAGAGACGCACAUAAACGCACACUCACUCAAACUUUCUUCUGUCUUUUGUGAAAAGCAUUGAUUUGUUUUCCUUCUCUCAGAGCCUGGCUCUAAAUGAAAACACAACCUUGAAUGUAUCAAUCCCACUGUCGCCCACCCAUCAUGCCACAGGAUUUUUUUAUGUGGUCGGAGACGCAGCGUUGUUUAACUUAUAAAUCCGUACAAAGUGAUAAGUUAUUCAUAUUGUC